AAAAUAAUCUGUCUGCUUUAUCCCUUUGAUAACCGAAACUCCAAAAACACAUCCGAAGAUGUUGAACACAAGCCUGGAUCAUCUGCCCCACAACAAGACCCUGGAAAUUAAGCAAGACGACAAGUUCUUUUCCAGGCUUUUAUCCAAGGAAACCUCUGUCACCAAUCCUUCUUUCAGGGUCUACUAUGGCGGUCUCUCCGGUGCCGUCCCUUUCAUGUGGGAGUCUCAGCCCGGUACUCCCAAAUACACAUUCUCCGAUACAUCCAUCCCUCCUCUAACUCCUCCUCCAUCUUUCUACUCCAAGUCCGGCACAAAACCCAUCAAGAAUAAGCGCUCAAGAUCUAGUCUUUUGCAAGCAUUGUUCCCGAAGAUGAUCAGUUUGAAGAAAACCAGCAAUCUUUUGCCUUCGUCACCUUUUUCUUCACCAAUGUUUGUAGCGAUGAGACCGAGAAAAGAUCAGAAAAGGAGCCUAUUUUCGAGCCCAGAUGAGGAACAUGGUGCAGCCAUUGGGUUGCCAACUUCCACUCUGUGCUUCGAUAUUGGUAGGGGGAAGUACUGGUGAGCUUCGUGGAUGAGAAUCUAUCUCGCGUUAAUUUGUGUUGAUUUACUUUGUAAUAAUCUAGGUAUGUGUUUUAGUUCUUCUGUGAUUACUUCAACACCCAUAACUGAUGAAUUUAUGGUACUAAAUCAUGUAGUUUUGCUGGGGGAAAAGACGUUUUUAUCAGGUGCU